AUAAACCAGGAACUAUCAGCAGGAAGAAGUGGUGUGUUGGCAUUUUGGCGAAAAUCAGAUGAAAGUCCAAUAAAAACCCGACACUGCGUGUCCACGUACAGCAGUCAGACGUCUCGUGAUGCAGAAACACCUCUACUAAGCGACGUCUUCUCUCAAUAAACAACGACAGUGCUGAGGAGGGAAAAUGGGGAAGAAGGAUGCCAGUGCGACCGGAUUACCAGUUGAUCAGUACCGAAAGCAGAUUGGGAAACAGGACUACAAAAAGACAAAGUCUGUCUUAAAGGCCACACGGCUGAAAGCUGAAGCAAAGAAGAAUUCCUCUGGAUUCAGGGAUGCGUUCCUUGUCAUUGCAGCAAUCCUCUUCUUUGUUCUCUGCGUCUACGCCUUCUUCUACCUCAACCUGAGCACUGAGAUUAACCUGGAUGUGGAUGUGGAUUAAUAAGAGUCGGACCUUCUUCUUUACACACUUUGUUGUUGACAUAUUGACGGUGAACCUCUUCUUCAGGAGAAAUGCUGCAAUGCAUUAAUCAGUGAAAGUUUCAGGCCAUUUUUGAGAUUUGACAUUACCUUCCUCCUGUGUAUUUUCUGUGUGCGGUUUAUGCAAUGAAACUGUACCGACAUAUAAUUACUGACAUAAUUAUACAAUGGUUUUACAUCUAUAAAUGAUUCAUUAUUUCCCUGAAGUACCUUUUGAUUCCUGUUCUCUGAAAAAGUCAAUGACCUCUUGCUCCACGGCACUUGAAACAUUCUGCUGCAAAAUCUACAAUCAGCAACGGAAAUGAGCCUCUUUUUUUUUCUUUUUUUUUUUUUUUUUCACGAGUCUUCCAAACUACGGUUGUUAAUCUUAUUCUGUGGAGUCACGUCCCUCUGUUUUCUCCUCUAAUAGAAAAAUGUAAAUCUCUCGCUGAACCUCUCGUCACAUCGAGACAAACACUUGCCUCACAUUCCAGUGCACAAACCUCUCCUCCCGGAUAUCUGGAGAUCACAAAGUGUGAGAUUAGAAUCCACAAAGCCCUCGUCCUGAUUGAACAUGUGUGCAGAAUACAGAGCAACACAUUGUACCUGCUGCACAUACACGCAGCACUUAGACACCCGCAGGAUUAGCAUUACAAAUAUGACGCUGUUCUUUCAUUUGAAUGGAAAUUACAUACAUGAACGAUGACUGAAUAAAGGUGGCUCUACACCUUGAUGAUUUUCUUCUUCUCAAAUAUGUAUUGCUGUCCCUUUUAAAGAUGUGAUGCGUCUCUGUAGAACGGAAUAUGAAGGUUCGUCAAUGCUUCUUUUUCACAAGUCUUUACUCUUUGUGCACCAGACGUAUGGACUGACCUUCUAUUAACCAUUUCAGUCCAAGUGCUUCCACUGUUUGAGAUUCUUUAUCACGUGUGCAAAGUCAGGGUCUUUGUUGGCAUUAUUUUUCAUUUCAUUAACACUUUAUAUUCCAUGUUUUUCUCAGCACACAGCAGCCCUAACUAGCAAUAGCAGCACUGUUGUCAAAAAGGCAACUGACGCAUUGUUUUUGAAGUCAUCUAUAAAAGUCCUAUACCAAAUACAUAGGACUUCUUUUGUUUCGAAUCUUAAAAAAACACCAAAAAAAAAGCAAAACAAGUCUUAUGUCUGUGCCUGAUUGUGUUCUGUGGCUCAUAGGGUUCUCGAAAUGUGAGACACAUUUUGAGCUUUCAGUUUCGGCCUUUUCUCCUCUUUUCUCCCAUGACCUUCCGACCUCUAGUAAAAGACAACAUGUCAAAGAAACCAUUAUGAUAAGCAUGCGCCCGUACCCUCACCCAGUGGCUUUUAUCUAGCCUUGGUACAUCCAGGACCCCCCCCCCCCCCCCUGUGUAACAAUAGACCGCCCGACCGAAUAGACCUUCAUACAUGACACCUGUUAUCUAAAAGGUCACCAUUACCAAACACAAGGCCUCUGACAUCAGCACAGUGGAAAAGAUCUGGCAGCACAGCCUAUUUGUUCAGACCCAUGUUUGGCAAGAUGAUAUGCAGGCUAUUUUUCCCAGUAGUGUAAUGGUCAGUGCUAUUUUUGAAUUGGUUUGUUUGGUGUAUAUAAACAUUUUUAUUGUUUACUUUGUCAUUAUGAUUCAGUUACUGGAUACUGUGGGACAUUUUAAAAUCAAAAAUCAUGUAUCUCUUUAUAAGGAAAUAAAAACAAUGUAUAAUGUAAAAAAAAAAGAUUCAAAGAUCAUUUCAGUUUUAAUUAAUUUAUUUGAAUUGAUGUUUUGUGAUCUUAAGUGUGAAUCAAGCUGUUUGGUACAUGAGAAAAAGGCAUGUUAUGUGAUUUUAUGGCUUUUCAGCAUUGAAAUCUGGACCCUUAGCUGAUGCAGACAGGCGACAUGUAGUUCAGAAAAGGCCAGCAGUAUCAAUUUUCUUCCAAUCCUUGGACAUAUCUAAAGCCAUUUAUGUGGCAAAGUAAUUACUAUAAUUGCAAAUCUUAAAUGAUAUAAAAGAAGGGGUUGAAUUUAAUCACGGUGACAACUGAUCAGGCUGUGCAUACCCAAGAUAACACCUUGACAUUAACUUUAACUACCAGUAAUGUUUCAUUCUUCUUUAUCCCUACAGGUUUAUAUUUAGCUGUUAAAUGAAGGUGUAGUCGUUACUUUGUGUCUUAAAAGUUAAUGAAUAAAAAAUUAUUGUCGAUUUUCUUU